AUGAUAAACCGCUGUAAACACCAGAAACAAAUUAACCAGAUAAGGGGAACUGCACAUGGCAGAACAAAGCCAAAAAGCAAGACAGAGAUGAAUACGACGGAACGACUAGGACAAAGCCGUUCGAAUGACAUAGAGAUAAAUACGUUUGAAAAGCAAAACCAAAACAGUUCACAUGACAUAGAGAUAAAUACGUCGGAAAAGCAAGACCCAAACCGUUCACAUGACAUAGAGAUAAAUACGUCGGAAAAGCAAGACAAAACCCGUUCACAUGACAUAGAGAAAAAUACGUCAGAAAAGCAAGACCAAAACCGUUCACAUGACAUAGAGAUAAGUACGUCGGAAAAGCAAGACCAAAGCCGUUCAUAUGACAUAGAGAUAAGUACGUCGGAAAAGCAAGACCAAAACCGUUCACAUGACAUGGAGAUAAGUACGUCGGAAAAGCAAGACCAAAACCGUUCACAUGACAUAGAGAAAAAUACGUCAGAAAAGCAAGACCAAAACCGUUCACAUGACAUAGAGAUAAGUACGUCGGAAAAGCAAGACCAAAGCCGUUCAUAUGACAUAGAGAUAAGUACGUCGGAAAAGCAAGACCAAAACCGUUCACAUGACAUGGAGAUAAGUACGUCGGAAAAGCAAGACCAACGCCCCACAUAUGAGAAAGAGAUUGAUACGUCGGAACAUCAAGGUGAAAACGUUUUACGUGAGAUAGAGAUGAAUAUGUCGAAACAUCCAGGAAAAAAAUGUUUACGUGAGAUAACGAUGAAUACGUCGGAACAUAAAGCACGAAAUUGCUCACAUGAGACAUAG